GUUACGUGCUUACUGAGUGUAAAGAGGCGCCCUGGACCGUACAUUAGCAAAGUGAGCUCCAAUAGCUUCGGACGGACCUGCCGCUUCAGGCAGCUCUAAACUUAGCGCUGGAUAUUCCAGAAUUAACUAGGGCUUUAUACAGCUGUGGGGCACAAAGUUAGAGCCAGCCGUGUUCUGUGAAAGGGGCUUUGUGUUUGGACAAGCUGUAAACCUAUUUACAAUGUGGGGGAGAGAAUUUAGCACAUUUUUUCAGGCUCUGUGAGCACUAUAAAGUUCUCUGAGAGCAGCAGAGGCUCUCGUUCGAUGACAAGUGCAAAUUUGAGUUGCAAGAUGAAAGUUUCCUCUCAAUAAAGUAACAAAAAAUGAGCUUUUGCGUGAAUGGAGUAAGAAAACUAACUGAAUGGGAGAGCUUUCGCGGAACCAUUCGCAUUUGAAACCUUUUAAGAACUAUGAACGACCACCUCUGACUGGUACUUCAACGUCUUUAGUGGAAGAGUGCAAUUAAAAAAAAACUGGUAAACAGACUUGAAGUUUUGGGGAAUUUCUGAAGAAGGAUUUCUUUUCCCAGACCUCCUCCAUUCCCUCCCCUUUUUUUUUAUCAGACUACUUAUCCACUGAAGGAGUCACAUUCAUGAAUUGCUUCUCCAACUGCUAAUCACUUUUCUGAGUUCAACAGAGCUCUGAAUCCAUCGGGUCAUGCUGCAUUCUCCGAGUCUGCAGCUCUGGAGAGACCUUACAGUGAUUGCAGUUGAAUGCAGAACUUUGAUCGUUAUGAGUGGGGAGUGUUGACCCUUAGCACAGGCAUGUUCUUCAGAAUACAGACGGUGGGGGCGGAUCAUACAUCCUGAAACGAUGCUGUUAUUCGAUGGGAUAUCGGCUGCACUCUGAGGAAGAUGAAUUCAGAAUCGCUGGACACCUGUAUCCAACGCAUCCUCUCUGCCCUGUACCCUCCUUUUGACGCCACUGCUCCCACAGUGCUCAGUCAGAUCUUCAGGGUCAUUGACACUGCAUACAAGGGGGAUGGGCUCUGCUGUUUACUGGAUUUCCUAAUUCCGGCAAAACGUAUCCUGGAGAAUGUGCAACAAGAGGCUUGUGCUAGAUAUUCAAGCCUCCUGUUCCGUCACGAAGGCUGGCCACUGUGUCUCCAUGAGAAGGUAGUGAUACAAUUGGCAUCAUUCAACAUCUUUCUCCUGCGGCCUGGUGAUUUCUAUCUGCAGAUUCUACCUGUUGGAAGGCAGUCUGCUCGAAUUGUGCUGAAAUGCUUAGGCAAAGACCUCUGCAGUGUGGAGGAGAAACUUGUACCUGAAGUAUCCUACACCAGUAUUUUUACAGUGGAAUGGUUGGGAAUGAUAAACAGUGAACGUUCUGGCACCCCACUGCACACUUGCCUGUUAGCCACAGAGAACGGGGUUGUGAAAGUGCUUUGGACUGAAAUCGUAAACCCGGAAUUUGUAACGAAAGUCAAAGUGACACCAGCAUCUGGAGUCAAUACUUGUUCUGCAGAGGAAACAGAGAAUGACUAUGAUUCCGCGACGAUGACAUUGCAGACAGAUAUGGAAACUAAUAGUUUGUUUGACGCUCCCGAGCCAGACUCUAAUAUUAAAGAUGAUAAAAAUAUAUCACCUAACUUGACUCAAAUAGAAGGUGCAAAAUGCCUGCGCCAUCAGCCUGUGAAAUUGGGAAAGGUCUCAAACUUGUGCGAGAUUUCCAAUGAAAAUGUUGAAGGGGAUUAUGUGGAUUUACUGAUGUUUUCUAAUGAAAGAUGUACUGAUAUGAAGACAGUGCGGCCUCUAUACAAGAACAGAGAAUCUUCAGUGGUUCCAAUGAAUGGCACAUGGGCAUGUGGAGGGUCUAUAAGGUUUUCUGCAGAACCCUGCACACCAUGCUUAAACAGAAGGACAAAUAGUGAUUUAGAACACAAAGAGAUUAAAUGCCGCUAUCGCGAAUCUUACAUAGAAGCUCUGCAAAACCCUCUGAAUUUUGGAUUCAGUUUGCAGGAGACAGAAUCCUCUAAAAAGAACAAGGUAGACACCUCAAUGAAUCAUAAGCUUGACAAUAAUUUGAAAAAUCCAGCCUGCUGCAGGCAAAAUCAGGAAUCUAAGAAUUCCAGGAAGAUGUCUGCAGCUUCGUCCAGGGAAACAAAUGAGGACCGACUAUUGGGGCACCCCAUUCCAUAUCCCACUUCAUUCAAGGAGCCAUAUCGAGCUACGGCCAAAUGUGAUACUCAUUUAUGGUCACCACAUUCAGACAGUACCAACAGGCAUUCACUUCCUGAUGCUCAAAGAUCAUGUUUACCAACUGGUGACACCACAUCCUCUGAAAUUGUGCCCAAUAGAAAAACUGCACAAGUGCCAAAAAAGUGUUCUGUUGGUUAUAUAUCUCCGAGAAUCCGCAGACAUAAAGCCCAGAGCAAAGACAUUAAUAAAGAGGCUAGGAUUCAGCCAGAUGCUCCGGUCCCAUUGAGUCAAAGAGCUGAGGUAAUCUUACCAUCUCCUGGUACAAGUUUAACGACCAGUGACUCCUCCAUAUCAGAACAUCGGCAGAAGAAGUUCACGAUACGCUCUUUGGAUCUCAACAGUGAUUUGCUAUAUUCAGGAGCUGCUUGUUUACCAGGGAGCAGAGAUAAGGCAGGGAGAGCCGUGAUACAAGUCUGCAGUGAUAACAGGUUUUUGCAGAAUCCAACCUGCACCAAUGAUGACCUUGCCAGGCUCCUCCUGUACUUGUACAACAUCCCCAGGAAGGAAGUUCGAGAUCUGGGAUUAACAAUCGUUAUAGAUGCCAGGAGGCGUCCACCUCAAUUUGCAUUAUUUAAAGCUUUAGGAUUGCUUCAGGACUUUGCUCCCCACUCCAUUCAUUGUGUGCUGAUAUUGACAGAGAAGGAGGCAACUCUCAAACUGGAGAAAUAUCCAAGAAUAUCUAUGGAAGUUUUGACUUCCUUGAAAGCUCUGAAUAAGUUUAUUGACAACAACCAGCUGACUGAGAAUCUGGAGGGGACAUUUCCCUACAACCACUCUGAGUGGAUUCAGUUCCGUAUGAAGCUAGAUUUGUUUGUAACAAACUGCAGAGAAGUUUCCACAUUGUUGCUGGACACCAUUCAAACAUUUGAAUCGAACAAACCUGGAAACAGUGAACAGGAAGUUAUUCAUUGCAUCAGUAAGCACAAAUUGAUGAUGAAACAUGUUCUGCAAGAUGCCCGGUUGGUUACUUUACAGUUGGAAGGUGGAGCAAUUCUUGCUAGACUCAAGAAAGAGGAAUCUCGCUUCAGCUCCUCUGAGGACUACAGGGACACCAUUGAUUCAGUGACAUCUCUGUACAAUAAAGUGGAGGAUAAUGUCCAUACUCUCGUGAUGAGGUCCAAUCAGUGUCUGCAGCAUCUUGAGUUCUUACAUGUUUUAAGGAGACUGGAGGACAAAUUCAAACAGCAAAACAACUGGCUAGUUUGUGAAGGUGAAUCAUAUUUGCAAGAUUUAGUUACAAAUGGAGAUUCGCUGAAUGCCAUGCAACAAACGCAGUAUAACUUUUCUGGAUUCUUUAUGCUGAUCACACAGGAAUACAAAAAGGGCUUGGAGCUGUUGAAAGAAGCAGACCAACUGGAUGGCUUUUCAUAUCCUGAGUUUUCAGUGUUCAAAGAUAUGGUGGAAGAUUUCAAAGUACGGCUGGCCAAUUUUCACAUUAAAGCUAAGAGGUGUCAAGUGGAAUUGGAGGCUCUCGUUAAUUUGUACGGCUACUGUAAUAAGGCUACAGCAUUGGCAGACGAUUGUAAAUAUUACUUGAACCAGUUGGGAAUGUGCAAUGAAGCGAUGUUGGAGCAUCUUGAGAGUUAUCGUCAGAGGUUUACAGAGUUCUCUGCAGAAAGAUUUCAGCAGAUGAAGAGCGAGGUUCAUAGUCUAAACAGUACUAAAGGGAUGAAGAUGUGGAAUGUAACCUGGCUGAAAUGCCAGGAGGUCAGGCAACUCCUUGAGGAGAAACUGGAAUUUUGUCAGAAAAUCCUAAAAUCCAAUAGUCUCCCUUCAUCAGACAUUAGUGGAGAGUCAAAGAGCACCGAUCAGAAUUGCAGUAAGGAUACAGUGACAAAUACCUCCUGUGUGUGUGGCAGCCCAAGGACUGGAGAUGAUUUAAUCCAGCAGAAAAAGGACAAGUGUAGCCCUUGGUCAUCCAGGAACAGUCAGAGCCGUAAAGAUAAUACGGUAAAAAAACCAAAGGGAGCACUAGUAAACAUUUUAACGUAUAACUGCCCCCCGUGGCUGCAAUCAACUGAAAUUUCCAGUGGUAAGAACAGCACCCAGAACCGUUCUCCUCCUUCAUAUUCAGACUCUGUCCUUUCCCCUUCUGUUCAACACAAAAGCUAUCCUUCGAAGAAGAUCAUGCAGGCUGCACAGGGUUUCCAGUUGUCCCGACACGCAAGCUUCUGCUCUGAAGACAACACUCCCAAGAAUAUGACAGUUGACAGAAAUAGCAGUAUUGCUACUCCUGUUAUGAGUCCUGUCUUGAGUAGAGUUCAAGGAUCAAGCUUGGAACAUGGGCCCAUCCAAGAAGUCAAACAGGAAACAAAAGACAAUUCCUAUAAUAAGAUGCAGCAUAUUAUGGAAGAAAUAUUAGUCACAGAGAGAGAGUAUGUCCGCUCCCUUGGUUAUAUUGUUACCCACUACUUCCCUGAGAUGGAGCGCAUGGACCUUCCCCAGGAUCUGCGGGGACAGCGAACAGCUAUCUUUGGAAACCUGGAGAAACUGUACAAUUUCCACUGCCAUUACUUCCUGAAAGAGUUGGAGAACUGUGCAAAAGAGCCCAGUAGAGUAGGACGCUGCUUCCUCAGACAUGAGGAACUGUUCGGACUUUAUGCAUUGUACAGCAAGAACAAACCACGAUCAGAUUUCCUACUCAGUAGCCAGGGGAACAGCUUCUUCAGAGCCAAACAGCUAGAACUGGGUGACAAGAUGGACCUGGCAUCCUACCUACUGAAACCUAUUCAGAGAAUCAGCAAAUACAAUUUACUCCUGAGGGAUAUGUUCAAAGAGUGCAGUGCAGCCCAGGAGAAAGAGUGCAAGGAGCUCAAGGAAGCCCACAAGGUUGUGUGCUUCCAGCUUCGCCAUGGGAAUGAUUUACUUGCAAUGGAUGAUAUACAGGAGUGCGAUGUGAACCUAAAGGAGCAGGGCCAGUUGUUACGUCAAGACGAAUUUGUCGUGUGGUGUGGACGAAGAAAGUGGUACAGACACGUCUUCCUCUUUGAAGAUCUCUUACUCUUCAGCAAGACCAGAAAGAUAGAAGGAAGCAAUGACAUUUACAUUUAUAAACAGUCCUUUAAGACUUCUGAAAUUGGAAUGACACACAACUCGGGGGAAAGUGGGCUGUGUUUUGAAAUCUGGUUCAGAAGACAGAAGCCCCGGGAUACUUAUAUUUUUCAUGCUCCGACUCCAGAGAUAAAGCAAGCGUGGAUAGAUGACUUGGAUAAGAUAUUGUGGAACCAAGCUGUGAGAAACAGGGAGGAGACCAAGAGACCAAAUUCCAUAGGCUCCAAUGGCAGUGCGUCAUCUUCAGGAAGCCAGUCUUCCUCGUCAUCGUCUGGAAUUGGUUCCCUCAGUAUGCACAUUUCCUCCUCUCCAUCAACUUCAAGAAGCAAUGCUGGCAUCAACAACAACUGUUUUUAUAAUACCCAAACACGUAUUGAGGAAGAUGACCUGGAGAAUGAUCCUAGCGGAAGGCCUUUUCUCACUGAGAGAUUGGAAACGUCCUCCCAGUGUAACUCCACAGAGAGUGUUAGCGGUUUCAGUAGCUCUGAACACAGCAGUGUCUCACUGACGGGAGGAGAGAUCGAGGAAGCGCUGUCUCUCUGUUCAGCAUCAUACAAGCCCAGUUCAGACCCAUGCUCACUCUAUGCACCACAGCCACUGCCAAAGGGAGAAGUGUCAUUAGGAAAUUUGAUCAAAAGUGAUAAAUCAUCAGAACUGCCCGUGAACCAUUCGACAGCUGUCUGACCAUCUGAAGAAGCAGUAUGGCCUGAGAAUCAAUGAACCAUUGGUGAACGAGGCUCAUUGUUGGUGUUCCAAUGGCUUCUGAGCUCUGAAAUGUGAUUCCAGUUCACAUUGCAACAAGCUGCAGAUUUGCAAGAGGUUGCCAUGCCAUCUGGGCUUAGUCCUGACAGAUUGUUGUUUUCACUUAACUGGAAAACAGAUGCUGCUCUGUAGCAGAUUUCUCUUUCGAAAAAGCCUCAUUAUUCUCAGGUGAUUGUGACAUAAGCCUCAGCCGUGGUAUUUCACAAGGUCAUCGCAACAAAGAGGGAACACUUCUCCCUGUGCUCAAAUACUGUGAGCUUUCUGCAUGUUCUCCACAAUACAUGAAUCUGUAACAUCAGCAUUUGGUCAUGUUUUCUUUCCCUAGUGUGGCUCCGUGAGUUUCAGAAUCAUAAGCUCUGGCAAAAGAUGGAAUUAUCCACGAGUGUUGGGGAGGGGGGAGCUCAUUCAUCCAGGGAAAUUGGACUUUGGAGAAAAUAGCACUAAGAACAGGUCUAAAGGGGGAGAGCAAUGUAACAUAUUCAUUUAACUAUUAAAUCAUAUAUAAGUAUAUUUUAAUAUGCAUCAAAAUGAUCAAUUAAUAUUAAUUUGUAUGUUGUACUAUUGCUUUCUUAAGCAUAUCUAUUAGCUUUAAUCACGGCAUUGUUGUGAUGUUAGUUAGGAUGUCAGUACUUAAUGUUUCCCAUUUUUACAUCUUUAUAAUAUUAAAAAGAACCAUGGAUUUUAUUGAUGUUAAUGAUCUUUUGGCCCUAGUUCGUAAUGUUUUACGCUCUUCUAACAUGGUCUGAUCUUUAAAUAUGUUUUCCGAAUAUAAUUCAUGCCUCCGAUCAACCACAAGUGUCUGAUUAGAAUGAUGUAGAAUUCACACCUAGUUGUACUGCUGUCUUCGGAGACUUGGUGUCAGAUAACACGUAUUCGGCAUACAUGUGAUUGCAUGAGUGUCCUGUACCCUCCAACUGGAACUGAAACGAUGACACAAUCUUUAAGACUAAAGCUUGGAAUUAGUUUCCAAACUGUUUAAAAAAAAUUGUGAGAAGCAAUCAAUUGACUGCUUACAGAUCUUAAACUGGUUAUGGUUAUUAUUUGGUGGAUCACACCAAAAGCAACAUAUGCCACACACUGGUUAUAGUCUUUCAAUACUCGUCUAAAUUUGACACAAUCAGUUCACUCCCAGGGUAUACUAUACAGCUUGGCAGGAUUCUCUGCUAACGUAACACAGGGUCCAUUGUUCGGUUCAAAUGGAUUUAAAUGGGAAAUCAAUCCAGGAGUUAUUCUUCUGAAACUUCGAGGAUUUUCACCCGAAUUUGAGUAGGAGUCAUCAAAUUAUGAUAUUGGGUACUUACCUUUUUUCUUGCAUUCCAACAUUGUUGGGCAUAAGGAUGAUGGCGUUCCUGGCAAAGAUGUUGCUUCGGUGAUGAAGGGGCGUUUGAAGUUUUGAAGAACCUCUGAAAUUAAGCAUAGGAUGAUUAUACAAGCAGCAAUGCCUAAGCUCAAAGGAUAGUUUUAGAAAUUAGAAAAGUAUUUUGAAAUCAUGAAUGCCAGGACUUGAGGCCAUUAGUCAAGCAAUAUUGCAGCUCGGAUUUACUGCCUCCUUUUUUCAAUUCUUAUUUUGUUGGGUGCACCAACUUCAGCAAAUUGCCUGGUCAUGGAAAAUCAACUGGAGGGCCAAACAAGCAACUGAGCACCAGGGUUCCACACGUGUUUACAAUCUCAUUUCAAUGAAUGCUGUGCAAUACUACUCAAUCAUUACUCUUGAUUUAUGUUAUUUCAAAUGUCCAUGAAAUGUCCCUUUGUUCUUGAGUUAUUUGAAUCACAAUAUCAUCUCCUGAAAAAUAUUCAGGUAAUUGUUAAUAUCCUGUGGCAUAAUUUCCCCUAAUUUUACCAAAAGGAUGAGUGAAAAGCAUAUCAUUUUGUACUCAAGUCAACUUUGUGCUAAAAGUAACAAGUAGAAUCAAAGACAACCCUUAAUUGCUCUCCUGCAUCUUUUUCAUGUAAACUAGAAUUAGCAUGUUAAUAACUGCUGAAUUUUCUGGAGUUACUGAGUAAUUUCCAUUCUAUGCAGACUGUAACAUUGUUGCUACGCAACUGAAAAUGUAAUAAAGGUUGAAUUCAAGCAA